UCCAUGGGGCGUUUGGGUGGGAUUCCGCCCGUUUGGGUUCAGCCAAACUCUGCUUUUUUUGUAGGGCCGCGCCUCCAAAGCCCCCGAGGGCGGCCCCCGCAGCCGCCGUGGGGCGAGACCCCCCCUGAAAGCGGGCGAGGAAGAGGAGGAGGAGGAAGAGGAGGAGGAGGAAGAGGAAGAAGACGACGACGACGAGGAAGAGGAAGAGGGCAAGCCGGGCCCCGCCCCCUGUCAAGCCCCGCCCCCUUCCCCUCCCGCCCCGCCCCCUUCGCUUGACCAGCCCCUCCCAUUGGACAAAGCCCCGCCCGUCACCCCCGAAGCCCCGCCCUCGCAGGGCCAAGCCCCGCCCACGGAGGGCGAAGCCCCGCCCCCUGUUGCCGAAGCCACGCCCACACAGCCCCAAACCCCGCCCCCAGAGAGCGUGGCCACGCCCACUGAAAUACAGACCACGCCCCCUGCGGUCGAAGCCCCGCCCCCCGUGAUGGAAGCCCCGCCUCCACCGACCGAAGCCACGCCCACCAGCAGCAUGGCCACGCCCCCUCGUGAGGAAACCCCGCCCCCUUCCUCCCCCUCCCCCCUGCCGUUGGUGCAGGGGGCGGAGCCUGUGGCCCCGCCCACCGCAGAGGAGCCAAUCCCGCUUCCCCUGAGCAAAGAGCCCGCCCCCGAGGGCGGAGCUAUUGCGGAUACCCCGCCCACAGACGAGGCCCCGCCCCCCUCCUCGCCCCGAGGGCGCAGCCAAUCGUCUUCCUCCUCCUCGCCUGGCCCCGCCUCCUCCCGCGGAAGCUCCGCCUCCCCGCCGCCACGGGGGCGUGGCCAAAACGCUGAGGACGAGCAGCCGGAGCCGACCCCAGCAGCGACCCCCAA